AUGACUUCAAUGCAAAAUACAGAAACCAGUAUAAGGUCUCUAAAUGAUAUUGAUCUAGAAGAAUUAGCAAAGAGACAACAACAACAGAAUAUAUAUGUAAAUCAAUCACCUCCAGUACUUGAAAAUCAACAAAUACAGCAACUUUUACCUCAACAACUUACAACAAAAACUUCAAAGCAUCUUAAUCGAGAUACUACUACUAAAGGUAAAUAUACUCUUAAUGAUUUCCAAAUUUUACGAACGUUAGGAACAGGAUCUUUCGGUAGAGUUCAUCUAACGAGAUCUAUACAUAAUGGAAGAUUUUAUGCUAUGAAAACAUUAAAAAAGGAAAGAGUAGUAAAUAUGAAACAAGUUGAACAUACUAAUGAUGAAAGAAGAAUGUUGAAAUUAGCUCAACAUCCUUUUAUUAUACGGAUGUGGGGAACAUUUCAAGAUUGUCAUAACCUUUUCAUGAUUAUGGAUUAUAUAGAAGGUGGAGAAUUAUUUUCAUUAUUAAGAAAAUCUCAACGAUUCCCAACUCCAGUUGCAAAAUUUUAUGCUGCUGAAGUAUUUCUUGCAAUUGAAUAUUUACAUAAUUUGGAUAUCAUAUAUCGUGAUUUAAAACCAGAAAAUAUCUUAUUAGAUAAAAAUGGUCAUAUUAAAUUAACUGAUUUUGGUUUUGCAAAAGAAGUUAGUGAUGUUACGUAUACUUUAUGUGGUACACCUGAUUAUAUUGCUCCAGAAGUUGUAACUACUAAACCUUAUAAUAAAUCAGUUGAUUGGUGGUCUUUUGGGAUUUUAAUCUUUGAAAUGUUAACUGGUUAUACUCCAUUUUAUGAUCCAACACCAAUGAAGACUUAUGAAAAUAUUUUAAAUGGAACUAUAACAUUUCCUGAUUAUUUACCGCCUGAUAUUUUGGAUUUAUUACAAAAAUUAAUUGUUAAAGAUUUAACUCAAAGAUUAGGUAAUUUACAAGGUGGUUCAGAUGAUGUUAAGAAUCAUCCAUGGUUUAAAGAAGUUAUCUGGGAAAGAUUAUUAUCAAGAGAUAUUGAAACUCCAUAUGAGCCACCAAUCACAUCAGGAGUAGGUGAUACUUCUCAAUUUGAUAGAUAUCCUGAAGAUAAAGAUUUAGAUUAUGGUAUCUCUGGUGUAGAUGAUCCAUUCCAUAAUUUGUUUGUUGACUUUUAG